AUGAUUAAGUUUUUCAUGGCGAUCAGCCGCCAAUGCAAGGUCCGGCUGGCGAAGUGGUUCGUGCCGGUAGACAGCAAGGAGAAGGCCGCGAUGAUGCGUGAGCUGUCGCACCUGGUCGUGAAUCGCAACUCCAAACAGUGCAACUUCAUCGAGUGGCGCGACGACAAGCUCGUGUUCCGCCGCUACGCGAGCCUGUACUUCGUGGUCUGCGUUGACCGCGAUGACAACGACCUGCUCAUGCUGGAGAUCAUACAGCACUACGUGGAGCUGCUGGACCGUUACUUCAGCAAUGUGUGCGAGCUGGACCUGGUGUUCAACGUGAACAAGGCGUACUACCUGCUGGACGAGAUACUAAUGGACGGCGAAUUGUACGAGUGCAGCAAGAAGGCUGUGAUCCGCAGCGUGGCUGCGCAGGACGCCCUGUGCGACAAGGGCAGGGGUAUCCUGUCCAAGGGCUCCGCCUAG